CUCCAACGCACUACACCCCCCCAACCAUGUCCAGCGCGAUCUCCAUCCCGCACCACCAGCUCUCCGAGUCGCCCUACACACGCAGCAUCGCCAUCGCCGACUGGCGCAUCUCUGCCCGCACCCAGCCCAUCGCGACCGACGAGGAACGCACCGCACUCGAGCGUCACCUGCGUCUCCCCCUCCCCGAGAUGACUUUCCCGAACAACACACUCCAGAUCGUACACGCCCCAUCCGGCUUCGCACUCUCCUUCGACGCCAAGAGCGCACUCGAGGGUGUCAAAGUCGGCACCCUAAACGACGAAGACGGCGGCGUCAAAGUCGGCUACUCAGACGCAUGGCUAAAGACCCGAACAGACCCAACAACCCAACAGCCCAUGACCCUCUCCACCCCCUCCAACCCGCACGACUGGACCUACACCACCACCUACACCGGACACGUCCCCGACCCCGCGCGCGAGGCCCCCGUGCACCCGCCCCCGAACGCCGCCGCCGUCGGCGACUUCCCCGACAAAGCCACGUCCACCGCAUGGUCCAACGGCCGUCCCGUCGCAUGGGCGCCCGCGCAGCCGGGCACCGCGCAGCACGAGAUCCCGCUCGCGGAGCUCACGCGGCCCGAUCCGAUUCUGUACUACGCCGAGGUGCCGCUGUUCGAGGACGAGCUGCACGAUAACGGGUCGUCCCUGCUCGUCGUGCGCGUGCGCGUCAUGCCCACAUGCAUCUUCCUUCUCUCCCGCUUCGCCCUCCGCGUCGACAACGUCCUCUGCCGCAUCCACGACACCCGCCUCUACGUCUCUCUCACAUCCGACGCCGCCCAGCCCCUCGACACCUCCCCUCCCCCCAACGUCGUCGUUCGCCAGAUCGGCGGCUGGGAGGCGCCGUACGAUGCUAUCUUCCGCCGUCUCCCAGACAAGUCGGACCGCACGCCGCUCCGCGAUCCGACAUUCAUUGCCAAGGUGCUCACCGAGCUUCCGCCCGACCAGUCGCAGAAGCCUGGCGCAGUCACGCAGUGGCGAGGGCUCGGGACGCGCACAGAGGUUGCGACGCUCACGACGUAAUCCUGUCUUCGGCGCAGACGUAUAUGUAAAACGUACUCGUACGUCAAAACUUGUAUCAUGUUGUCUGUCGGCUUCUUGUUAUCGCUCUUGCAUGUCGUGUUAUGACGAAUCAAUC